GGCACGAGAGGGGAAUGCAAAGAACUUGAGUUCUUCCCAUUGCUUGCGACAUGCAUUCGUCUCACAGUCUUUCAUUCUUUCCGCUAGACGUGUUGAGCUUCUGUACUACCGGUUCGAAUCUGUUUACCUGUAAUGACACAAAACGCCAUCGCUACAUAUCGUUUCUCAUCAGCCGCAGAUGAUCAAAUCUGACCGCCCAUGCCGCGACACAGAAGCCCGCGCCCCUCACUGGCCCUGCCGCUGGUGGCCAUCUUUCUCCUCCUCCUCAUCCAGCCGCUAGCAGCCAGCGCACAAACACUCACAUCAUCUACACUCACAUCAUCUACAUCCACAUCUACAUCCACAUCCACAUCUACAUCCACAUCCACAUCAUCGUCAUCGUCUCCCGAUGCGCUCGAGCGCCCGACUAUCUCACCCGUCGAGCGCCCCAGCCUGACACCCGUCACACGGCCAUCCUUCUCGCAGAUCCCGCGGCCAGACAGGCCGACGCUGACGGCCGAUGAUGACGAUGACGGUACUGGCGGGAAUGGUAACACGGCUACCGCGCCGCCUGUGACAUCGGGCAUAGCGACCCCCGACGGCCGCGACUCAUCGUCCUCGCCAUUCUUGGUAUCGUCGUCGUCGGUCCCAGGGCAGCAGAACCAGCCGGCACAAGACCAGGGCCAAGGCCAAGACCAAGACCAAGACGGCCGUAAACUCGCGCUCGGCGUGGGGCUCGGCGUGGGGCUCGGCGUCGGCAUCCCGCUGCUUCUAGCUGUUCUCGGCGGCGCGGGGCUCGUGGUCUGGCGCAAGCGGCGCGGGAAGGCGGGGUCUGCUUCUUCGCUUGGGGGAAGAGGCGGCGGUGAUGGGCAGACCAGGCCGGAGAUUGAUGGGCGGGCGGCGAUGUCGACGGUGGGUUCUGGCGAGUCGCGGGUUGUAAGGGCGGGUUUGGGAGGUGUGGGUGUGGAGUUGGAUCAGCAUCAGCAUCAGCCGCCGCCGCCGUAUCAUGAGAUUGGUGGCCGUAGGAUGCGUGCUGAGCUGGCUGCUGCUGAGAGGUAGUUGGUUUGUGAGUGAGUUAGUUGUGUAUUGUUGGUGCUGCUUGCUGCUUGCUGCUUCUGGCACUCAAUUAUCUGCGUGAGCGGUGCAUUAUCUGCGUGAGCGGUGCAUUAUCUGCGUGAGCAGUGCAUUAUCUGCGUGAGCGGUGCAUUAUCUGCGUUAGCGGUGCAUU